AUGCUUUCCAGCUACUUUCAGGACGAUAGUCUCGCGGACCGUCAAGCUGGGACCGCGCGACGCAUGGUAUUGGACGAUACGCACCGGUCCUUGUAUCCUCAUCCUGUCAAUGGCGAUGAUCCAACACCUCCCGAAGCUUUCUUGGACCAGACUCCUUCCCGAAGCCCUCGAGUGAUUACCCAAGACGCUCUCGGUAGCGACUUGGAGAAAGCGCUCGUGGGCGGUGGGAAGGAGUCUAUUCUUUGGACGCUGCAAUCGAAGACGAAAUCCCGAUUAGCCGAUCGGCCCGCCAAGGGAGAAGCUCUUCAAGCAGCUUUCCAUCUGGCUCGGGAAAGCUUCAGUGUUGGGGCGCGAAGCGCCCCGGUGUUCGCACGGGAGACCGUGCAUGAUUCAGCGGGCUGA